AUGUCGUUCUUAGAGCAUGAAUGCAACAUCUCGCUAGCGGCGGCGCUGGCCUUCCUGGACGACACAACUUUACCCAAGAAGAAGAAACUCAACUACGACCCCAACAAAGCUCGUAACGAGCGCAGAUUCGAGCUCGCGUGCUUGAGAAAAGAAGUGAUGGACUUGGAGAUGACACUCGAACACGGCAUGUCCGCUGUUUGGGAGCAGAUUUGUGCUCACCAAUUGGAGCGACGACUGCGAGUCGAGAGGGAAAAUAUCCACUUAAAAAUGAUGUACAAAAGUCAAGUUCAAGUAGCUAAGAGCAUCGAGAGACUGCUACACAAGAGACUAGCGCUACAAGACACGACGUACUCGGAGAUUAGUAAACACACAAGUCGCAUCGAAGUACCGCAAGGUUACUAUACUGAUACCGAUCAAAAAAUAUUUGAAGAGCUCUCGGACGGAGUAGAAACGUCGUACCAACAAGUCGACGCGGUGUUUGAAGCCCAUGACCCGGCACAGACCUGUCUACCGACACGGGGGCCAGUGAUGCGAGACAGCGUCAAUGGCAAAUAUAUGGAGCUGUUCGAUAACAAGAUCAUGCCGUUCGAUAUGCCUUCAACUGGCGAUGCGUGGUGGAGACGCUGGCACAAUUAUAAGGGCCAUUGUGCGCACGAGAAUGGGCCUAACAACACGAUUGUCGAGAAGUUCGGACUGGAGAUGAAAGAUGUCAAGACCAGGAUAACAGCCACGUUCUACGUCCAGCAGAUCUUGAAGCGACACGUGGAAGAUGGUCGUAUUGUGAUCGUGUGGCAUGCCCACAUUAAGCCACUGGACUUCGAAAAGAAACCUGCGACUGGUGUCCAUUAUCUCGAGAAAGGGUACGUGUUGAUCAAGCCCCAUAUUACCGACUCCAUGAACAGCAACGAGGCAGCCACGCGCGUCAUGACUUGCUAUAUUAUCGCACCGCACUUGACCAAUCGGAAGCUGCGGACAGACGCUAGGACGACUGCUCUGACCGAUUUUGUGCUCAGUGCCACCUCGGCCAAUAUCUCCAUGAGCAACGAGAUGAUCGAGAAUUUAUUGGUAGAUCGAGCACUUCAGAAACAAAAAUGUGGAUAG